AUGGACAUAAUACACCGGUUACACUAUUUAGUUCUGUCACAAAAAUCUGAUUUAAUGACUAUGGAACGUGAACAAAGAAUGAGAGUUCGACGACAAUCCAGCCUACCUGAAUACAGUAAAGCAAGUAAAACCAGGCAGCGAUUAGAGCAAGCAUAUUUUAAUGAUCGAGAGCUGUUUGCAGCAAAAGCGGACAGUGGCGCAACAGCAGUAGAUCGUAAACUGUCGUCAUCAUCAGCAGGAAGCAUGAAGAACAAAUGGCUAAAGGCGUUCAGGAGUCUCAAGCCGCCCAGUGUCCCUCCACCCCAUGCUGCCCCACCAGACAAGAGGAAUGGAGCUGCAAGAGACGCAAUGCGUGGCGGCGGGGACUCCGAGGCACAUAACUUUCAAGAAUACACCUACAAGAAAAUCACGCCGUGUGAUGUUUGUUCACAGGUACUCAGAGGGCAUACUAGACAGGGAUUGCGCUGUCGCCUCUGCAAGAUGAACGUGCACACUGAUUGUAUGCCACAGGUCGGCAAGUGUGUGACAAAGUCACGACUGCUACGAAGACAGAAGAGCACAUCUGAGAUAGAAUCCCACAGGGUACAAGAAACAGCGUUCGACGACGAAAGGGUGGAGGACGGGUGGCUGCCGGGACAGAGAUUAACCAAGAUCUCAUUCAAGGGAUCGGUCGACUUCGAUGACGAUUUUGAUAGCUACUAUGACGAGGAGGAGGAAGUGGAUCAAACCUAUCAAGUUCUGAAGCGGGCCAACGAAAUAGCGAAGCCGGGUGGGGAAUCGCGCGGGGGCCCAGUAGUGCGCGUGUCGGCCCCGGAGGAGCCACCGCCCGCGCGCUCGCCGGCGCGGCCGACCGCCGGACUGGCCGUAGCACCGCAGCCCGUCUCCUCUAGCUCAGGUCUGGCGCCGCACCCGAGCUCGCUCGCUUCUCCGCUCGAGUCGCGCCGUAGGCUGGCGGCCGCCGUUGGCCGACCGGCAGCUUCACUCAAAUUCACUCGUUUUCAGUAG